AUGGCGGGAUAUCUAUAUAUUCUCCUGUUGAUGAUACCUUCAACUUCAGGAAUUACACUGACUGGGUCAUCAACGUCCGCCACGCUGGAUCAGAGUUUCCAGUUUACCUGCACUGUAACAGGGCCAUCUAACAGAAAUCUCCUAUUCUUCUGGGAGGAUGAUAAAACUGUUUGUACAAUCAGGCUCGACCGAUGUCAACAGCAUUCAGCUACUCCAGGUUACAGCUGUUCUUGUGGACAGAGUGGAGUGUACCAUAUGGAUAUAACCAGUGUCAGUCUGACAGAUGAUGGGACAUGGACAUGUACACAUUCACAAACCAGCAACAACGUCACACUGACUGUUUACUAUGGACCAUUUAACAAUGUGACUGUAGACAAGGACUCCCCGGUGACUGUGAGAGAGGAUGUGACUGUGUCUCUGACUGCCAGAUGUUCCGCUGUCUGUAACCCUGACUGUAGCUACACCUGGAGUAAGGGGACACAGCAAGUGUCUGACAACAGAGAUCUUCCUGUAGGCAGCUUCAGAAGGGAUCAGGAGGGAGAGUACAGAUGUACAGCCAGGAACACAGCUACUGGGGCUACAGCAGAUAGUCGGACUCUGACAGUGAAUGUACAGUUGUAG